AUGGAUCUUUAUGAUAGAUACAACGAAAAGUUGACAGAUAAUGAACAACAACAAUCCAAUACGGCUACAGAUGAAAAUAUCUUCCAUUGGAUUAAAGACGCACUAUUUAAUAAAAAAAUAUCACCAUCUAAAAAAUAUCAACAGAUGUCAAACUUCGAAGAAUCAAAUAUAAAUAUAGCAUCUGAAUUUAAAAAUAAUAAUAAUUAUCAUCAUCGAUCGAAUUCUUUAGAUGGUCUUACAGAAUCUUUUUAUCAAAAGUAUGAUUUAAUACAUGAUAAUACUGGUAGUCAAUAUGAACCAUCUCCAUGGAGGCGACAGCAACCGCAGCCACAACCUCAGAGUGCAAGAGCUACUAACGAUGGCUACAGAAGGGACCAAUUCCAAGAACCACGUCUUCGUAGUCCACCGAAUCUUCAUCCAAGGCUAAAUCAUUCAUAUAGAGAGAUCAAUGAUACAUUUUAUAAUCAUGGAAAUAAUAGACAAGGUGAUCAAAAUAGUGAAAUUAUUUAUAAUUCUCCAAGACAGGGAGAUCCUUUACUUAAUAAAUUGUUUACAAGUGAGAAUAAUAAUAAUAAUAAUAAUAAUAAUAAUAAUAUUAACCUUAAAAAUCCAGUAUUGGACGGUCGACGUUUGCCUGACAAUUUUCCAGGUAAAUUCCCAUCGCCAAUGAAAUUGAGUCAAAGAGAACAACAAAGAAGGACACAAUUGAAAACAGAACGUGUUUAUGAUGAUCUUUUAAAUCAAUUAUCUUCUAAUACAAAUCAAUUACAAAAAUUAGAUGAUACAUUAGAAGAACAAAAAGAAGAAUUAAAGACACAAGAGAUUUAUUAUAAGAAAAAUUAUGAAUUAAUCAAAAAUGAUUAUAUAAUAUCAUUAAAGGAUUCACAAAAGAUAUUAGAUAGAUCGAUUGAACUUAAUAAAACUAAUAGAAAAUUGAGAUCAGAAAACGAUCAAUUAAUAUAUGAUAGUAAAAAUGAAAAAGAAUUCUAUUUACAACAAAUAGAUAUAUUAAAGACAGAAUUAAUGGACUCAAAAUUAUCAUAUAAAUCAGAAAUGGAUUCAUUGAAUCAUAAAUUAGAAAGUUUACAAAUAGAAAAUAAUCGUUUAAUGAUGGAGAAUAAUACUUUGAAAUAUUCAACGACAGAUAGAAAUAAUCUUCCAUACAUAUGA